AUGAAUUACGCCAGUGAUUCCCAAACUGUGCGCCGCUGCGCGCACCACAGGCAUAAACAUCAACAUCACAAGCAUAAGUCUCGAUCUCGCGAUGACCAUUCCAGACAAUCGGCGACUUCAUCUUCAUCGAUUGCAACCUUCCAGCCUUUAUCUGACACCGGCCAUCUCAAUCAAACAUCCCACUCUUCUACAGUAACAACAGCAUCAGUAUCAGCACCCGCUCCAGUAACCUCCGUCUCACCAUAUUCGACUUCAGAGACCGCCACCGCUUUCCCAUUGCUCUUUUCUCCUUCUCCGGCAACAGGACCAACUGAGGCUCCGUUGCCUCCUCUUCCUCCUCCACGUGGGCAGUCAUCACUUGCUGGCGCACUUCAAAGACCAGCUGCAGGCGGGGUUCGAGCUCCAUCUGUUGGAUCAAACUGCAUUACAAGAUCAGUUGAUCAUGAAGAUUCGACUAGUGUUGUUCUAGCUGGAAGUCUGGCUACUUCAGCAGCAGCUGGGGUUGCGGUUCAGCUGCGCAGAAGACACCAGCCCGCUCUAGAGCUCCUCAACUCGGUUUGUUCACUAUACUUUGUCCUACUGCCUCCUUCCCCUGAGCACUUAUUCCUUUAA